AUGGAGCGUUACCUGGGUGAAUGCGCUGGUGCUCCGACCAACACCACCAAUGCCACUGCGACACCAGGAGCGGCAUUGCAUGUUAAGGUGGUGACAGAACGAUUAGCCGUCAUGGCUCUACUGGCGUUGCUAACACUACUGACGGCUAUCAUGAAUGCUGCUGUUAUUGCUGCCAUCUGUACCACCAAGAAGCUCCACCUUCCAGCAAAUUACCUCAUCUGCUCAUUGGCUGUCACCGACUUCCUGGUGGCAGUGCUAGUAAUGCCCAUUAGCAUCAUCUACAUCACCAUGGAGACGUGGUCACUAGGGCAGAUAGUGUGUGAGGCAUGGCUGAGCGUCGACGUGACCUGCUGUACCUGUUCUAUACUGCACCUGUGUGUGAUAGCGCUGGAUCGCUACUGGGCCAUCACAAAAGCCAUUGAAUAUGCACGCAAGAGGACCGCUCGCCAUGCAGCCAUCAUGGUGGCAACUGUGUGGGUGAUUUCCAUUUUUAUCUCCAUGCCACCUCUUUUCUGGAGGCAUCGUGAGGAUAGUGGCGGUCCACCACAGUGCAUCAUAGAACACGAUCACAUGGGCUACACUAUAUUUUCCACGUUUGGCGCUUUCUACAUCCCCAUGACCUUGAUUCUUAUCCUCUACUACCGCAUCUAUAGUGCUGCCAAGACGCUGUACCAGAAGCGCGGAUCGUCCCGCCACCUCAGCAGCCGCAGCACCGACAGCCAAAACUCGCUCAACCACUGUCGGGUCACGCAUGCUUUCUGUGUGUCAGAUGUUUCCACCUCUGACCCUACCAUGGAAUUCGACCGAAACAAUGCCUCCAUUCGCAUCCCACCAUUCGAUAUGGAAUUGCCAGAGAACGAUGAGAGGAGUCAAAUCUGCACAUCUCGGGAGAGGAAGGCGGCACGCAUUUUGGGGCUUAUCCUGGGCGCCUUCAUCCUGUGCUGGCUGCCUUUCUUUCUCAAAGAGCUGCUGGUGGGGCUAAAGAUGGUAAACCCUUCCCCUCAUGUGUCGGACAUCCUCACCUGGCUGGGCUACGUAAACUCCCUCAUUAACCCGCUACUGUACACCAGCUUCAACGAGGACUUUAAACUGGCUUUUAAGAGACUGAUCAGGCGCAAAGCGCACACAUAG